AUGACGAUGGAAUUUGGGUCUAGUACCGUAUUAUCUCCUGACAAACGCUCGUAUGUGGAAAAGGAAAAGACAAGAAGAAAUGAAGACGAUGAAACAAUUGGAAGGACCCGAGACAACGCUGACGACGAAACCGUGGCAUUGAAAAAUCGGAAUUUUGAAUCAUCCACUCUUUUUCGUUUUGGAAAAUCGGAUUUUUUUGCUCCGAUGAAAUAUAAUGAAGAAGAAGUGACGGCGGCGUCGUCACCAGCAGAAAGCAGUGAUGAAAAUGUGGGAAAAGAAGGGGCCGAUGAUGAAAGUGCAGGCGAGACGGUCGAGAAGAAGGAGAGUUUGCCAUCAUGUGUUGUAUCGCCAUCAAAUCAAGUGAGACAUGAAGAAGAAGAAGAACAUGGAGAAGAUACAAACAAUGAAAGUGAAGGAACGAACGGGUCGAGUGAUGGAAGAGGAAGAAUAAGUGAUAGAAAAGCUCACAAAUCUUGUCGACAAAUGGAAAUGCUGCCGUCGCACACGAGUCGACGAAAAAGCAGCAUUGAGAUGUUUCUUUCGCAGUCACCGAGUCAAGCAUUAGGUGGUGAUUUUUUGAAACUGAGUCUGGAUGAUCGACAAAUGAGUCUACAGACGACCGAACGUGCUGCUAACGAUGUUACUAGUGGUUCAGGAAGCAGACCGAAUGCAGCUCAAAGUGCCAAUGUCUCAUACGCUACUGGUCGAUUCCAGCUUAAUCCAGUACAGGAGUCGCCGAAUAAGUAUGCCUCGUUGGGUGGUCAUUAUCGUCACCAGCAAUCGCCAGCUGCCGCUCCGCAGCCUCAGGAGCGCUAUCGCGAUGCCCAACCACAGCAAUUGCCAACAUCGCGUUCACUUGCAUGCCCAAGCACGGUGCCAGGUAAUAGUACUGCUCCGAACGUUACUUACAGUGGAGCUUAUACGCUGAGCCCGCGAAUGUCGUCGGAAGAUUCUUGGUCGGGCAGCCAAGACGGAGAUAACAUUGCCUAUUACCACGAGCAGAUGCAAGAGUACUACCGCAACAAUCAAAUGGUAGUGUCCUAUGAGCAACCGCAGUAUCGUCAUCAGCCGCAGCAGCCACAACAGUAUCGGUCACCGCAGACGGUUAGCGGAUCUUACCACUACAAUGGAGGCCAUUCUCGGGCACCGAUGAAUCCAGGUCAGUGGAACCCGAUGGUGGUAGGACCACACCCACCUUCUGGCAUGUAUGACGUUGGUGGAAACAUGUACAUGAAUCCGCGCGCGAGUCCUAUGAGACAUCCUCACGCGCAGAUAGGCUAUGGGUCGCAGCAUCAGGGCUCAAUGGGAAUGCGCGGUGGAGGUCACUCGAACAGUCGCGCGCAAGGUCGCAAUAUGUACUCACGUAUGACACCACCGCUCCCUGAGUCGUCUCCUCCGCAUUCGCCUCGCAAGAGCAUGGGAGGAGGAAUGCAAAUGGGAAUGAAGCAGUGCAAAUUUUUCUUGCAAGGCCAUUGUCGUAUGGGUAGUAAGUGUAAGUUUGUGCACCAAAGUGGCGCUCCGACCCCAGAACACAUGGGUGGCGGUCACAACUCAAGCCGUCAGAAUAGCUCGAUGAUGUAUCAACAAAGCCGGAUGAUGAUGUUGUCUCCGUCUCACAUGAUGCAGCAGCAGCAGCAGCAGCGCCUUCAGAUGAAUGGUGAUGAUGCUGGUCACCAACUGAAUGUACCAUUUGGAGGACGUCAGCAGUCUCGAAUGAGUUACCGUUCGGAAAAUUCUGGUGCCAGUGGUAUAGGUUUGGGGUUAAUGAACGGCGGUAGCAUGAGUGCACCGAUACUGGGUGGCUCUGCGAAUGACCCGUCGAGUUUGAGCGCUGCACUGAGCGUAGAAGACAUUCAAAACCGUGUGUUUGCCAUGUCGAAGGACCAAAACGGCUGUCGACUGUUACAGGAGCAACUCGACUACGAAGAUCGUUCCGAUCUAUGUGAGGUGAUUUACCACGAAUCGCUCGAGCACCUUGCCGAAAUGAUGGUUGAUCCGUUUGGCAACUACCUCUUUCAGAAGCUUUUAGAACGUGUAAAUGAGAAGCAACGACUUGUAAUUAUACGCCGCGUGAGCUCAAAUCUUGUGGCUGCUGCACUGAAUCUGCACGGUACGAGGUCAGUGCAGAAAGUAGUGGAAGUGUGCGCAACGUCGUCAGAUGUUAUUGAGGAAGAUUAUGACGAAGAGGAUGGAGACAACUGUCGUUAUGUGAACAAAUUUGAGAAGUCUCCUGAAGAUGGUAGUCGACGGCGAAUGACCAGUUUACCUGAUAUUAUUGUUGAGGCGCUCAAGGACGAUGCUGUUCGCCUGUGCAUUGACUCGAACGGCAACCACGUGAUCCAGCGUGCUCUGCAAUUCAUGAAGCCGGAGUACAAUCAGUUUGUAUUUGAUGCUGUGUGCAAGGAAUGUACUACAGUUGGAACACAUCGUCAUGGAUGUUGCGUUCUACAACGUUGCUUGGACGCAGCCAACAAGACGCAAAAGGCAGAUAUGAUUGAACAGGUGGAGCGCCAGGCAAUGAAGCUGAUGCAGGACCCUUAUGGCAACUACGUUGUACAGUAUGUUCUUGACUCGUGUACGGCUGAGGAGGCUUUCGGUGUCAUUAUGAAGCCGUUGGGCCACAUCUACGAGCUGUCGGUGCAAAAGUUUAGCUCAAAUGUGAUUGAGAAGUGUCUUGAAAAAGCCCCCGAGCGUGUGCGUCAAAAAUAUAUUGCUGAGAUCACGAACUGCUCGAAGAUGAACAAGAUGCUGCAGGACCAGUUUGCUAACUACGUCGUACAGCGUGCCCUGUGUGUUUGCGCCGAACAGCAGUGUCUGCUACUGGUGAAGGCAAUCCGUCCGCACCUAGCAGCUAUGAAGAACACGUCGGGCGGUCGUCGUAUCACGGCGCGUAUUCUUAAGCGCUUCCCGAACAUGGACAUCAGUAUGGAUAUGGGCAUGUCGCCAACUGCGGAUUAUUUGUUCGAUCAUGGCGGUAAUGGCAUGAUGAUGCGCCAUUUACCAAGUUCGUCUAUGGGCGAGUACAUGCCGCAGCAGCGCUUGCAUAGUCAUAUGGUUGCUUCUCAUCACUUUCAAGGAGGGAACCGUGGCAACCGAAUGCCGCAGAUGCAUGGCAACGAUGGCAGUAUGAUGAUACUAAAUGAUGUGGGUGGUAUGGGUGUGAAUGCUACGAGUCGUGCGUAA